AUGCUUUCUAGAAACUCGAGCACCAAUAAGAGAGUUAGGAGGUCGAAAUCCUCAGUCUCCGUUCAGUCUCGUCGCCCGGCAGCCCCAGCCGAAGCCUUUAAUGCGGAGCUGGCGCAGCUACAGGCAUUAGCAGCAGCAUCCCUCGCUAUGCGGCGUCACGGUAAUCGUCCUUCGUCGUCUUCAUCGACUGCAAAGGGAUCACGCGAGCAGUCAUGCAGCGUUGAUGGCGGUCGUCGACAACGUACACACCAAUCGUCGAUGCAAGAAAGCAUCCUAUCCGGGGACACAGGAAGCGAUAGCUAUAGCCAGCCAGCCCAAGUUGCUGAGACAGUCAAACAAGAAGAACACCCCUCCAUGGCCGAGAAAGCUAAGGAUGAGCAGCAUCAGCCUAACACGAGCUCCGCCAAUGAUGAAGCAGUCUCGUCGCAACCAUCGUCCUAUCGGAGGCUUCGGAAAUCAAAAUCCAUGUUUUCCACGCAUCGGCUCUCGAGUUCCAAUGAAUCAAGACGCUCCCCUCAGAGGAACGGUAACCGAAGUACCAGCUCGGGCACUGGCCGUUUAUCCCGUCGCACCCUUCGGAGGUCCCUGUCAUUUUUCAGGGGCGGUAGCGAAUCAACUCCAGUCCCAGAACGUCAGGCGAAACCUCCGGAUAUCCCGAUUGAACUAGCUAGAGAGCAGUUUAGGAAGAGCUUAGAGCAAAAGCGAAUCGCGAAUGUGUCCGAUUCAGCUGUCGGGCGCAAGCCACGACCAGACCCAAAGCCUUUCAAGAAAUCUAUGAGGUCGAAUGGAGCGAAUGCCAGGUCCACCCCCUCAGCCUACACGCCUAAUGAUACCCAUCGUGGACCCAAAGGACGUUUGUUUUCGUUUUCUAUCAAAAAUAGCCUCCGCCGAAUUUUCGGAAGGCGGUCAUCGGGUACCAAUGGGGGGUCAUCAGAGCAGAUUGACACCCAACACCACCUCGAUUCUGGCGAUAUCGGCUCAUCUGAAGACUCUAUCUCCUUUGAGGGCUCCUCCGAUUACGCUAGCUAUCGCGACCAGCUAUCUUCGCGAAGUGUAGCCAAUGCAGCCCCUAGCGUCCGGUCAAUGAAGAGCAGUUCUAGUAUGGCCACGUCAAAUUCUCGCGUGACAAGUUGGACAGACUCGACAGCUGCGAACACGAUAACCAUGAAACAGCCUCCUCCGAUGGCUCGACAAGGGCUGGACAUCAUUCGUGAAGAUAGUGAUGCGUACACACCCACACCCUCACCCGGCCGUCACCGCCAUGAUGGAUACUCCAUUUUCCGGCAACCUCGGGAUAAUACUGUUGAUAUUGAUAGCCAGCGAAUGUUUUCUGCGCUUAUGCGAAAUAUCGAUGAGGUUAAGAAUAAGGGAAUGGAUAAAUCGACUUCACCCCUGAAACACAAGGCCAAUCAAACAGUCACCGGGUGCAUCGCCCAUACGGUAUUCAAAGCAUCCCACAAGGGGUUCCCCGAGUGCCCGGAGCCAAUUUUCUGUGAGGUCUAA